AUGUCCCUGGGGCUGUUUCUCGGUCUGUGGCUGGCUUUUGUCCAAGUAUUGUCGCAGAACGUGACGAAACAGUAAGUGGUACAGUUUGAGAAAACUAGUUUAGAGUCACUUCGGAGCACAAAAAUGGCAAUUGGAACGACCGUCAGAUUCUGGAAGACCUUCUCAAACGCUACAGGUUUCCUGGUAAGAUAUAAAUGAUUAAGUAUCAACGUAGUUUAAUCAAUUUCGUUUCGAGACUUUUACUAAUUUAUAAAUUAUGACAAUUUUACCGUGUUCAGAUACGUCAGCUAACAUAAGUGUAGGUGUAAAAAUUACACUAGAAGGCAUUUUAUCAUCGCCGGAGGACUUGGUAAGUUAAUGUCAACUUCAAUAUUACUUACAGUGUACGUUGGAACUAGUAGUUAAUCAGAAGUGGCUAGAAUCCAAACUAAGAUUCGAGAAUUUGCGGAACAGUCCUGCUCCAAUUCGAUUACAUUCCUGUAAGUUUUAAUGCAUUUACCUAACAUAAAGUAAAAUAAAGAGUCUUGUUUUGUAGCAAUUUCGUACAUAAUACAACAAAGUCAUUAAUUUACAAAAUUUAAAUUUAAACAUAAAUCAUACGAAACUACAGUAAACUACAUCUGGAGUCCUGAACUUAUCUUCCCCAAUGCAAUAAAUGUGGCGUCAGUCAAUAAUUACCAUGUCUUCGUCUUUCCCAAUGGAAUCGUGGAAUCUGAGCAAAGGUACGACCACAAAGUACUAUUAUAUUUGAAUACUUUAGGCUACAAGUGUCAGUAAGAGCAGAUGUCAACCUGGAGCGGUUCCCUUUUGAAAGAAAGUAUUGUUCUGUCAUUAUAUCUAACGGUAUGUUCGUAUUAUACUGUCACAGCAAGGAAAAACAUGUAUCAUGUAUUUAUACAGUAUGUGGGAGAAUCAAAAUACAUUUUCAGCAGACAUUCGAGCAUCGUGGAAUCGCCUUCUGAAUCUGAAAGUGAGCAAGUCGUAUAUCACUGGGGCAGGUGAAUGGAAGUUUCUCAAUUUUACAGUAGGACAUCCGAAAGAAGUCAGGGUAGCUCUGAAAAGGUCUCUCAACUAUUGGAUCUGCACCUUGUUCUUACCGACCCUCGCCUUCAUUACCGUGUCUUUGUUUACAUUAUGGUUCUUUACUCUGAGUGACAAUCGACAAACUACUAUCAAUGCAAUAUGUUUGGUGGCUGUUGUAGCUUUGGUAAUUUAGAUUAUCUGUUAUCAGUCUUUUUUGUAAAUAUUUAAAUUAGGAAUGACUUUUUAAAGAUAAAUUUAAGGUAAUAACCUUUAUAAUAAUUUUAAAAUUUAGAAUUGCUUUGCACAUUCUGUGGCCCCAAGGACAACUUACUGGAAGGCAUUAGACUUCUGGACAUUAGCCACUGUACUGACAGCUCUUUCUUUACUACUUUGCUCAAUUUCAGUCGGCACAUAUCAACGACAAACCGGGUACAGCAACUACAUUAACCACGUGAGUGAUAACGUUACAUUCCUUAGCUACACAAUAUGCUGACCUUUAAACCACGCCCCGCCCCUUUUACGUUCACUUUGCGAUUUGAUCGUUAAGAAAACGUUUGUGUUUGAUAGCUAUCACUGUGCUGAUCAAAGUACGAGAAGUCGCUUUCAGUUGAACCCCGAGGAAUCGACCAUGUUAGACAAGAAGCGGUGGAUUGUGACCGAGACACCGUACUACUCCCAACUCUCGACCAGUACCUCCUCCAAGCAAUACCACAAGUUUGUCAUUCUAGGCGUCAUUCUAUUGGCAUUCGGCAGUUUUUUAUUCUAUUUUUUAUUCAUAACAGUAAUACCAUUCUACAACAAUAAAUACAUAUAA